GUACAAUGAUAACAGUUUGAUCUACCAUGGCUUUGAAAGUUUUUGAUUUGAAGCUUGUCCUUGGACGUGAACAUAUCAUUGGGGAUAAACGGACAUGUAUUGAGAGCAUUGAGACUAACGGUAGAAACGUCUACCUUGGGACUAACGAUGGGAACAUUCACCAUUAUUUGCUCAACAUUGAAGAAAGCAGGGAAUCUAAGACAGUUGAAGCUAUCAGGCAAACUGUGAAGCAGAUAGGAACCAAGAAGUCAAUAUCUCAAAUAUCUGCGGCCCCAGCUUUAAAUCACUUGGUGGUAAAUUGUGAAGGGAAUUUACUUCUGUUGAGUAUGUUGGAUCUAUCUGUUACUAAUGUAGCACCUGGAAAGCUGAAGAAUAUAACCUCAUUCUGUGUGAAUAGAAGGCCUAUGCAUCAAAAUCCUUUUACUGUUGAAAUUUGUGUUGCUUUCAAUAAAAAGAGGGUUUUACAAAUAUACCAGGUCAGCAAAGACAGCAGUACCCUCAUGCAAGAGUUGUCGCUACCUGAACAACCAAAGUCUUUUUCCAUGGAUGGUAAAGCUAUAUGUGUGGCAACAUCAACUACUUACAUUAUCAUUAAUUGUGAGACGGGCACAAGACAAGAACUGAUGUCAAUCGGGGAAGAUGGGAUGCUUAGUAUGGUGUCCCAUGUUGGGGUAUCAGAGUUCCUUAUAUCAGCAUCUAAUGCACUGGGUGUGUUUGUGAGUAUAGAUGGUACAUCUAAUAGGCCACCCUUGCAAUGGUCUGAUGGUGUGUUUAAUGUUGCUGUGGCUGAACCUUAUCUUACUGCAUUAAAUGAUGAGUUCGUUACAGUCCAUAGUUUGUUGGAUAAUCAACAGAAACAAUCCAUUCCUUUAAGAGGUGGAAACCUUAUAAGGAGUUGUGUGGGUGGUAUGAUACUGCUAUGCACUGCAAAAGAUGUAAUGGUUCUUAUCCCUGUGUCAUUGGAAACUCAACUGCAAGGUUUGUUCAACAGUGGUAGUGUAGAAGCCGCGUUGUCUCUUGUGCAAAGCUCAAAAAAACGACUUUCAAAAUCAAAGUAUGAAACUUUAUGGAGCCGUGCUUGUUGUAUGGCAGGCUUCAUACAGUUGGCUCAGUUUGACUUUGAAGCUGCAAAGCAAUAUUUCCUGGAUGGCUCCAUGGAUCCACGGGAGUUGAUAUCAUUGUUUCCAGGACUUGUCCCUUCUUCCUCAUCUUUUAUCCCAUCCGUUCCCGCUCUUCAUAAUUUAUCAAACAUCCAACAAGUUUGUAGCGAUGAUAAAAAUAAAUUAGAGGAAUGUAAAACCUUCCUUGCUGCUUAUCUGGAAGAACUUUGCAACACUAACACGAAACCUGAUGUGUUUUACGCCACGGUGCUUGUUCUCGCACAGUUGGGGAAAAAAGAAACUGUCCAACAGAUAAUUGAGAUGAAAAAUGCAGAAAAUCAAAGUUUUUUGGAGACUUUGGAUCAAAAUAUUGUUGAAGAGAUGGUUUUCAAGUUGAAGGAGGUAAAAUGUUUCCAUCAACUCGCGCUAGUGCAUUUACAUAGUGGUGAUACGGACGAUGCUAUGAAAAUAUGGAAGUCUAUUGUGACUUGCGAUAUUUCCGAUGAGUCGUUUCCUGGAGUUGGAUUUGUCGUUUCAGAGUUAUCGCACCGAGCGAUAGAUGCUGCCACCCUGUGGAAAAACGCAGAAUGGAUUUUACAAUGCGACCAACACUCGGGGGCGCAGUUGUUCAUAGAUAUCUUCAAUAAUAACAAUGAAAGCUUAAACGUCGACAAUGUUGUGAGUUUUCUCCAUGAGUUUCCAAUCGCUCUCUGUGAAUAUCUUUACCACCUGGUGAUCGUAUGUAAAGUACAGAAGGAGAAGCUUCACACACAUAUUGCUGUAAUGUUCCUUGAACAAGUGCUGUCUCUACAUAAGUCACAAGAGGAUAAAAACUCCCUUGAAGAAGCGAGGAAAAAGUUGCAAGAAAUAUUAAGGUUUUCAAAUCUUUACCGAGUCCAUCUGAUCCUAAACAAAGUACAGGAGUUUGGGUUAUUCGCUGAACAAGUAAUCCUGCAUAGUAAGCUUGGUGAGCAUGACAAAGCAUUGGAAAUACUCGUGCAUAACUUAAGUGAUCCACUUGCUGCGAAGAACUACUGCAUUGAACAAGGAGAGGGCAAUGAUAAAUUUCGGCAACAACUUUUCCAUAGUUUGUUAUCCGUUUAUUUCUCCGAUAUAUCAGCCACACGAGGCAGUAGUGGGUCCGUCACGGCAGCGAUUGAUAUUUUAAACGAACAUCCUGAAGAUUUUAACUGGGAGAGCGUUUUACACUUGAUCCCCACCCAGUGGUCAGUUUCUUUGAUCCGCAACUUCUUGGAACAUGUCCUCCGUGAUCGCAUCCAUGGAUGCAGGUCAAGGAAGAUCGAACGCAGCCUCAUAAAGUCUGAGGUCCUCUUCCUCCACAGAGAGCAACAUCUUCUCCAUUCCCGACCAGUUGUCAUUCACGAGAACAGGGUUUGCAAUGUUUGCAACCGUACAUUAUCUGACUCUCCGCUUGCCCGCUACCCUAACGGGGUUGUCAUUCAUGCUCAUUGUUGUAAGAACAAAUACGUUUGUCCCGUCACAGGAAAGUUAUUCAAAAAACCAGAACACCUGUGUUGUAACGACUGA